AUGGGUGACCGGCUAGCCACCACUAAUCAGCACCCCCACUUGUUUCCCCAAUCAUGGCUUCUUUCAGAACGUAGGCGCUCUCGUUCUGCAUCCCGGGAGAGGGAGAGGAGGCGACGGGAGCGUUCGAGGUCCCGGGAGAGGGACAGGAGGAGGAGUCGUUCCCGUUCCCCACACAGGAGGCGAUCCAGGUCCCCGAGACGGCACAGAUCCAGCUCUUCUUCCCCGUCCCGGCAGAAGGAAAGGCGAGAGGAUGAAAAGAAAGAAAACAAAGACGCUAAAAGCAAAGAGCAUCAGAUCACCGAAGAAGAUAUGGAAGGCAAAACAGAGGAGGAAAUUGAGAUGAUGAAAACAAUGGGAUUUGCAUCCUUUGACACAACAAAAGGAGCAGGGCUUCCUAUAUUGGCUUCUAUUGUGGAAAAAUGGGGGAAGAAAGUGGAUGGCUCUGUAAAUGCCUACGCUAUAAACGUGUCACAGAAGAGAAAGUACAGGCAGUACAUGAACAGAAAAGGCGGAUUCAACAGACCGUUGGAUUUUAUUGCCUGAUGUCUAGUCUUGUUACCUGUGAAGAAUGACCUCUGGAGCAUGAAUGGUUAACAUUUUGUCUCGCUAUGACUUGUGUGUGUGCUGGGAUCUCAGAGACAGGAACUCAGCUUCUCACCGUAAAACGAAAUCAGCUUAUUUAUGAGAGUCCAGAAACACUUGCUUUGCCUCCUAGGAAGAGAGGGUAAAAAUGAUGCUUUCUAGAAACGUUGGGUUUGAAUAUGUUCAGGCCUGUUUUGUUCCCUGUCAGGACUUUCCUGUUAGAUGUAUUAUUUUUCAUUUCUUCUAUGAGUUUUUUUUUUUAAAUAACUAAAUAUUGUCAGUUACAAUAAAAACCAGUAUAUAUUUACUCCCACCCCAUAAUUAAAAUAUGAUGGUGUUGCUCAGGAAUAAAGCACCAGAGAGGAGGCUGUUGGAGAUAUGUCUGGGCAAUUUUUUUCCUGUCAAACAGAGGGAUAAAUCACUCUGAAGAUAAAUCUGGUUUAGGGUUUAAAACAGAAACAGGAUUAUUUUGAAAGUGUGCUCAUGGGAGAAUCUCAGGGAGCCACGCUGUCUCUAAUGUUGAAAGAGAAUUGUUUUCCUAAUUUAAGAUCUCUCCCUCCCCCCUCCUCCUUACUUUUCACUUAUCCCUUUCCUUACUAGUUAAUAAUCAAAGUUGUCCGGAACUACCGAGUAGGAUAGUAUAGCAUAGUGGCAAAGGGUUGCAGUGAGUUUACUUACUAUUUGGCUUGGGUAAACAUACCGUGUUGGAAUAGUCUUUAGUUUUCAUAUUUGUUUACAGAUUUCUUACUUAAAAUUCUUCUUGAGGCUGAUUCUUCUCUGAGCAAAGUUUGGAGGUAAAUCUGGGUUAUAUUAAAGACCCAGAGGUGAAACAUUUAACGCCUUCCGCUUUCAUUGCUUACUAUGCAUCUAGAUUAUUUUUAUAAACAACCUUUUCCAAA